AUGGCUUCUUCUUUUUCUUCUUCUGCUAGUCUUUGGUGUGAUUUUUGCCAAGACAAAGAAGGAUGGGGGCCAAUUUCGUCAAAAUAUGGAGAUUUCACGCUUUGUUUUGUGGACGGUAUUUUGCUCAAUGGUGCUGCGCUGCUGAUGCUCAUUUUUGGGUCUAAGGAACUGGUGCGAUUGUCUCGUGGGCCACAUCCCGGUAUCAAAUAUCGGAAAAACUGGUUAUUGGUGUCUAGAAUUUCUUUGGUGGCACUUCAAGUGGCUUUGGCAGUUUUACCACUAUUCCACGGCAAAUUAGGCGUGGAAAAACAGUGGGCGUCGCAGUCGCAACGAAUUCUGAAUUUCUUGUCAGUUUUGGUGGCGCUGGCGCUACACUGGGUCGAGUAUUUCCGGUCAAACGUCUCUAACGGGAUUGUGCUGUUUUACUGGCUGUUUCAAGGUCUUUUUAGAUUGAGUGCAGUCUUGAACGUCAAGAUCAGGGAAAACUACGAAGGUGUGUUGCCAAUAUCCGAGUUCUCAUACAAAAUUGCAACCGUGCAAUGCAUCACAAGUUUUCUAAUUUUGGCCUUGGAGUCGCUGUUCACCAAGUCAGUCGAAGGUCGUGGAGAACUUGCGAGUGAUAGCGUACGGAAGGUAAACCCUUACGAUGCCGCCAACAUCUUUUCCCGCAUUUCCUUCUCUUGGAUGACGCAGAUGAUGAAAACGGGCUACGAAAAGUAUCUGACCGAAAACGACUUGUAUAGACUGCCAAAAAGCUUUGGAAGUGCUGAAAUCUCCGAUUCAUUCAGACGUAACUGGGACCACGAGGUGAAGCACAGAACUAAACCAUCUUUAACAUGGGCACUUUGCAUUACGUUUGGUGGCAAAAUGGUUGUUGCCGCUUUCCUCAAAGCAUGUUUCGACACGCUGGCCUUCACGCAGCCCCAGCUGCUAAGAAUUCUGAUUAAGUUUGUGGGAGACUAUACCGAACAUAAAGCCCUUGAUGAAGUACCUAUCGUGAAAGGCUUCAUGAUCGCCAUCGGUAUGUUUUUGGUAAGUGUUCUUCAAACGUCUAUCUUACACCAAUAUUUCUUGCGAGCAUUUGACACUGGAAUGAAUAUUAAGAGUGGGCUCACGUCUGUUAUUUAUCAGAAAUCCCUUCUGCUGUCAAAUGAGGCUUCUGCCGCGUCAUCUACCGGCGAUAUUGUUAAUCUCAUGAGCGUUGACGUUCAACGUUUGCAAGAUUUGACACAAUGGGGUCAAAUUAUAUGGUCAGGGCCUUUCCAAUUGAUUCUCUGCUUGGUUUCCCUGUACAAAUUGCUGGGACCAUCCAUGUGGGUAGGUGUGGCUAUCAUGAUCAUAAUGAUUCCAAUGAAUUCUGUCAUUGUUAGAUUUCAAAAGAAACUCCAAAAGAUUCAGAUGAAGAACAAAGAUGAAAGGACUCGUAUCAUUAGCGAAAUUUUGAACAACAUCAAGUCUCUCAAGCUUUACGCAUGGGAAAAGCCCUACAAGGAGAAGUUAGAACAUGUCAGAAACGAAAAAGAGCUCAAGAACUUGACGAAAAUGGGAAUCACAGUUGCAGUGGCUAACUUUCAAUUUAAUAUUGUUCCCUUUUUGGUAUCUUGCUCCACAUUCGCUGUUUUUGUUUUAACCCAAAAGGACCGCCCACUUACAACCGAUCUGGUAUUCCCAGCAUUAACUUUGUUCAAUUUGUUGAGCUUUCCGCUAGCUAUCAUCCCAACUGCUAUUACAUCUUUCAUUGAAGCCUCUGUAUCGGUCACCCGUCUGCACAACUUUUUGACUAGUGAGGAGUUGCAAAACGAUUCAGUUCAGCGCAAGCCGAAGGUAAGUGCUCGUGGUGAAGUAGCAGUAAGCGUUGGCGCAGACGCCACAUUCUUGUGGCAAAGAAAGCCAGAGUACAAGGUGGCAUUGAAAAACAUCAAUUUUCAAGCAAAGAAAGGUGAGCUGACAUGUAUUGUUGGAAGAGUUGGAAGUGGUAAAAGUGCUCUUAUCCAGGCGGUCUUGGGUGAUCUGUUCAGGGUCAAGGGUUUUGCUACCCUUCACGGAAGCGUCGCCUACGUCUCUCAAGUGCCUUGGAUAAUGAACGGGUCGGUCAAAGAAAACAUCAUUUUCGGCCACAGGUACGAUGCAGCCUUCUAUCAAAAGACUAUCAAAGCAUGCGCUUUAAAUGUCGACAUUACGACGCUCCCCGAAGGUGACGAAACAAUGGUUGGUGAAAAGGGUAUCUCUCUUUCGGGUGGUCAGAAGGCUCGUCUUUCUCUCGCCAGAGCGGUUUAUGCAAGAGCUGACACAUAUUUGUUAGACGACCCACUUGCAGCCGUGGACGAGCAUGUAGCCAAACACCUGAUCCAAUACGUCUUGGGUUCAAGUGGUCUUUUGGGCACCAAGACAAAAGUGUUGGCGACAAAUAAGAUAACAGUAUUGUCGAUCGCUGAUAAUAUCACUCUUUUGGAUAAUGGGGAAAUCAUACAGCAAGGUUCCUACCAGGAUGUCACCAGUGACAAAUCUUCUGCUUUAUUCAAGAUCAUAAACAGCUACGGAAAGAAGAGUAACAGAAGUUUGAAAGAGCGUUCUCCUGAUGAAUCCACUUCUGAAAGCAGUGCCACCGUUGACGACAACAUUGACCUACAGAAACUUGACGAAAAUCUUGUUGACGUGGAUAAACGCAGUCUACGUAGAGCAAGUGACGCAACUCUAAGAAGUCUUGGAUUUGGGGACGAGGAACGCCCAGCUUUGAGAGAGCAUCGUGAACAAGGUAAAGUCAAGUGGGACAUUUACAUUGAAUACGCUAAGGCAUGCAAUCCAAGGCAUGUAGUCGUGUUUAUGUCCUGUGCUGUCCUCUCUAUGUUUCUGUCUGUUGCCGGAAGCGUAUGGUUGAAGCACUGGUCAGAAGUGAACACAAAAUACGGCGCAAACCCGCAUGUUAGCAUGUACCUGGGCAUUUACUUUCUGCUGGGGCUAGGCUCUGCUUUUUCCACACUAGCUCAGACGGUCAUUUUGUGGGUCUACUGUACGAUACAUGGUUCACGUUACUUACAUGAUGCGAUGACGACGUCUGUUUUAAAGGCACCUAUGUCGUUUUUCGAGACCACCCCUAUCGGAAGAAUUUUGAACAGAUUCUCCAACGACAUUUAUAAGGUUGACGAGAUGUUAGGCAGAACAUUCUCACAAUUUUUCGUGAACACGAUCAAGGUUUCCUUCACAAUUUUGGUCAUUUGCUAUUCGACUUGGCAAUUCGUCUUCAUUAUUGUGCCUAUGAGUACCCUCUACAUUUACUACCAACAAUAUUAUUUGAGAACUUCUCGAGAGCUCCGCCGUUUGGAUUCGGUCACAAGAUCUCCUAUUUAUGCCCAUUUCCAGGAGUCCUUGGGAGGAAUCAGCACGAUCAGAGGCUAUGGUCAGCAAAAACGCUUCACACAUAUUAACCAAGCGAGAGUGGACAACAACAUGAGCGCUUAUUAUCCAUCUGUUAACGCAAAUCGUUGGUUAGCAUUUCGUCUGGAAUUCAUUGGAUCAGUUAUCAUUUUGGGAGCCGCAGUUUUGGGUGUAUUCCGUUUGAGACAGGGAACUUUGAGUGCCGGUAUGAUUGGUUUAUCUUUGAGUUACGCCUUGCAAAUUACUCAGUCUCUAAACUGGAUUGUUCGCAUGACCGUAGAAGUGGAGACAAAUAUUGUGUCUGUGGAAAGAAUCAAGGAGUACUCCGAACUGCCAUCUGAAGCACCAGCUGUCAUCGAGGAUAGUAGACCACCUGAAAAUUGGCCAACCGAGGGUUCAAUUAAAUUUGAGAAUUAUUCCACUCGUUAUAGACCGGAGUUGGAUCUAAUUUUGAAGGACGUCAAUAUUGACAUCAAGCCGCAAGAAAAAAUUGGAAUUGUUGGACGUACUGGUGCUGGGAAAUCAUCCUUGACAUUGGCACUUUUCCGCAUCAUAGAAGCUGCUAGUGGUCAAAUUUCAAUCGAUGGACGGCCAAUAGAUCAAAUGGGCCUUCAGGAUUUGAGAAGACAUCUCUCAAUCAUCCCACAAGAUUCACAAGUAUUCGAAGGCACUGUGAGAGAUAAUAUUGAUCCCACCCGUCAAUUUACGGAUGAGCAAAUAUGGCAUGCCCUCGAACUUUCGCACCUGAAAGAUCACGUCAAAGGAUUGGGUAAAGAUGAACUUGAAUCAAUGUUAACCGAAGGUGGUGGCAAUUUAUCUGUUGGGCAAAGACAGCUGAUGUGUCUAGCAAGAGCACUUCUCAUUCCAUCGAAGAUCUUGGUUUUAGACGAGGCCACCGCGGCUGUCGAUGUUGAGACAGAUCAGGUUAUACAAGAAACGAUCCGCACUGCUUUUAAAAAUCGAACAAUUUUGACCAUAGCCCAUAGAAUCAACACUAUCCUCGAUAGCGACAGGAUUAUUGUAUUGGACCAAGGUAGGGUUGCGGAAAUCGACGCACCUCAGAAUUUACUAAAAAAUCCUGAAAGUUUGUUUUACGCUCUUUGUCAUGAAGCCGGUCUAACAAAGGAUUAA